AAAUAACAUUUAUAAAAAUAUAGAUUCUGUACGAUUGUCGCAAGUUGAGUUUCAGACACCGGAAACUACAAAUGUGCGUCUUACGAGGAUAGAUGCUUGUGCCUUGGAAGAUCGGCCGAUCUUUGGCAAGCACAUCAUCUACGAAAGGUUAUCAGAAAACGAGCUGGGCGAUAAGCAUUAUCGACAAACGACGAUGUUUCGCGAACAAAUUACGGAUAACGAGAGGAUUGAUUAUAAAGGCAAAGCAGACGGUCAUACGAUAAAUAAUCAUCGCAAGGAAAUGAACUAUUCUCAUUCCGGAUGGAAAUGUUCGGAUAACGAUAAUGGGAUGUCGAAAAGAAACGAACUCUCUAGCGAAAUUACAGAAGACGAGGCGGAUGUAGACCAGGAAAUUAAUGAAGAUGAGGAAAGUCGCGCAGAUGUACAAAGAACAAAUAUAAAUAAUGAAGAGAAAGAAGGAAAAACCGAACAGGACGAUACGCAGAUUGGAGAAUGUGCAAUUUGCCACGUUAUUAUAAAUGACAUAAAUUUCAGCGAAAGUGUCGACGAUUCCGGGCAGAAUCCGUACGAAAGCUAUUUAUUGUGUCAACGUUGCGUACGAAAAUUUUCAAUCCAAUCAGGUGUAGAACACUUUCAGUGUCGAAGGUCGCAUACAAGUUUCUCACAAAAUAAAGAUUGCAGUGAUCGCGUAGCCCCGAGAAGAACAUACGAUAGACCGAUCGUGAUGUACCUGCAACCACCAUCGUCUCAUUCCACAUCAAAAUUGCGUCGCAAUUGGUGGGCUUGUAACUUCAAUAGAACAAUGGUCGAGGCGACAGAUGAUGAAUCGGAUACGAUCUCGUUCGCGGUCGUUGAUCAUGAUCGAAGUAAUCUACAACGAGAAGAACAAACGAAGAGCUACGAAAAGCAGUGCCAACAGCAAUUUGGCUAUCGCAAUAUGACGACGACGACGACGACGACGACGAGGAGAAACGACGCAACGGAUCGAUAUACCUCCGAAAUUAAGGUCAAAAAUUCUUCUCUUGCAUCCUCCGUCGAAUGUUCCCGCAGACCCAUACGUUGUCCGCGUCUUGAUUGCUCAAUGAAUGUCGCCUUCUCAGCGCUCACCCAUCAUUUCCUUUUUGAUCAUCCUGAGGUGCCUAUCCUCAGCGUUGAACCCGGUGCCGAGAGUACGCUCAUCGUUAGUUAUGGAGCUCUCUCUUGCAAUUCCAGUCGAUGUCUAGCUCUUUUACUGGUGUCCGGCAAGCUCUCAGAUUCUACAGCGAGACUGUUCGGUGGUAAUCAGAUAAAUCCCAAGUAUCGGAAUCGGUUACCUUUACCGGUACUAGCUGCGCGUUUACACAACAAUCACAAUUACGCGUGCUGCGAGGAGAUGCAUGCCGGCGGAGAGGGCCAGUGUGAAAAGGAUAUGAUCAUUGCCUGGGUUGCAGGAUUGGACAUCGGCGAUACGGUUGACAGGCUUCGAUGUAGUAUCCAGGCUGUGGACAGCAUCGAGAAUCGCGGAUUUCGGUCGCUCACAUACACAGGUCCCGUAACAUCCCUGAGAGCCGCCCAAUGUCCACGAGAUGUCUUUUUGGCCGGCGAUUGUAUAGUUCUCCAUGAGGGAUUGAUCAGCCAUAUUACUUUUGGCUGUACUAGUCUUAAUGUAAAUGUUAUUGUACACUAAACCCAUGUUACAUAUUAACGCGUAAAGUAUACAUUUUUGUCCCUUAAUUUAAGUAAGUAUUAUUAUUUCAAAAAAUGUGUAUGCUUUUGCAAUAUCAAAAUUGCAAUAUCAAAAGAAGAAAAAUGGAUAAAUCAAAUGAAAAGACUGAUCAUGAGACAAAUUAUGUCCCGUAAACACGCGAAUUCUUGUUUAUCUUUUAAAAAUAUCCAUCACUCUUUUUAAAUCAAUCAAUAUUACAUUUACUUUUUCUUUCAUAUUACUUGGGACUUUCUGACGGAAAGUGGAUAUUUGAAUAAAAUAUUAAUUGUAUAGUUA